GUACUGGGUGUUAUAUAAACCCGGCGUCUAUACACGGCGUUUGUAACCAAUUCUCCUCGGAAUCACUUGCAUCCUAGUGAAAGAAGACUAAUAUGUUGCUACCGGCUGGAAUUCGUGUACAUAUUAUUUUGGUUCUAUCACUCUUCGUUGGCGAGGUCUCCGCAUCUGUCGGCAAUGAAUAUAGAAGGACGAUGACGAUUAAUUGUGGACGUAAUGAACACUUGGCACAAAUAUCUAGUACCUACAGCACCACGCACAGGGACAGAAAAUGGACUUAUGUUUGCCGCCCAACCCCUGCUAACAUCAAAAAUGGACUGACAUGUGCUUUGACAAGCUUCGUCAAUUACUAUGACGACGAAUUCCAAAAGGUCUGCCCUGGAAGUUCAUUCCUGAACGGUCUCUACAGUAUCUAUCGUGAAGGUUUUGUAGACAGGCGUUAUCGUGCUCGUUGUUGUUUUUUCGAUCGUCUUCGGCCAUGCAACUGUUUCGACACUCCAUACCUCAACAGUUAUCAGGAGGCGUUUAGUUAUGAUGUGCCUUCUAAUCGAUUUAUAACCGGAAUCAGAAGUCAAUAUAGCCUGCGGUAUCGUGACCGUACAUUUUCAUUUAAAAUUUGCCAACUUGCUUAAGGACACCAAUGCGAUUGCAUGGAUGGUAGCCUACAGUUUGUCAACUUACGGAAACUGACCAACAGAACUGGUUGAAAUAUAGCAAACCCAGCGUCAAAUGUCCAUGCCUCAUUCAUAAUAAACCCUUGAGCAGAUUGUC